AAUUUAGAAAGAGUAAGCCCAAUUUUUCCUUUAAAUAUUGAGCUAAAUUGAACUAAAUAUAGUCUAACACAAAUUCUACAUCAUUUUCCAUUCAUACGAUUUUGCUUGCUUGUUAUUGUUUACCAUAGUUACUAUUAUUAAAAUUUGAGUAGACGUAUUAGAAAUACUUUACAUCUCUAAUAAGUUAUCGAGAAUUAGAAUAAAGCCCAUCUCUCAAUGAAUAUAUUCAAAAACAAAGUAUUCCCACACGUGUUUGUAAGUUUUGUUUUUGAAUUGAAAAUAUAAAUAUUUUGGAGCAUUUUUGAAUAUGGCGGAUGAAGAAGAUCGACCACCUGAAGCUACAGUAGACUUUGUGCCCGCGAUUUGUUUUGUACCACGUGGGGUUGCCAAAGAGAAGCCUGACAAAAUAGUUCUUACCAAAGAAGAAUUAGCUCGCGUAAUCAAAGAAACCAAAGAGCAAUUGGGAACAGACGACGCAGACGCUGAUGAUGACAACGAAAGCGAUGAAAAUGAUACAAUGGAAAUUGAUGAUAAUGAAGAAGAAGCGCAGGUACGUGAGUUUUCUUUCGAUAACUACGAACAAGAAGAAGAUAGCCGUGCAGUUGAUAUUACCAACGUAGUCGACGUAGACAAUCAAAUAGCCGAUGAAGACGAUGACUCCGAAGCCGAAGACGAGAUCAUCAAGCCUACCGAUAACUUACUCUUAGUAGGUCAUGUGCAAGAUGAUGCAGCUUACAUGGAAGUUUGGGUAUUCAAUGAAGAAGAGGAAAGUUUAUAUACGCAUCAUGAUUUUUUGUUGCCCAGUUUGCCGUUGUGUAUAGAGUGGCUAAAUCAUGAUCCAGGAAGUGAUAAGUCUGGCAAUAUGUGCGCAAUUGGUUGCAUGGAUCCCAUUAUUACUGUUUGGGAUUUAGAUAUACAAGACUCGCUAGAACCUACCUUCAAGUUGGGCUCAAAAAAAAGUCGGAAAAAGCAAAAAGAAGGAUAUGGUCACAAAGAUGCGGUAUUAGAUUUAUCUUGGAAUCGUCAUUACGAGCAUAUAUUGGCAAGUGGCUCAGUCGACCACUCGCUAAUACUAUGGGAUUUGGAUGAAGGUCGGCCGCAUACCACAGUAACAGCUUUUAAAGAAAAGGUUCAAUCGUUGGAAUUUAGUCCCGAUGAAGCUCAGCACAUUCUUACCGGCUGCGCCGACGGUCGGGUUCGUUUAUUUGAUUGUAGAGAUCCUCAAUCGGUAAACUCUAGUUUUGUUAAAUGGAAAAUAGUGAAUGAAGUGGAGAAGGUUUUAUGGAAUCCCAACAGCAAUAAUUAUUUCGUAGUCGGCGAUAAUGCUGGAUAUUUACACUAUGCGGACAAACGUCAUCCCAAAAACUUCUUAUGGUCACAAAAAGCCCACGAAGAGGAAAUAUCAGGCGUUUGCUUCAAUACGAACGUGGAAAAUCUUUUGGCUUCCACAUCUACAGAAGGUUGCUUAAAAAUUUGGAAAUUCGACUCUAGCGAAAUUUCGCCAGUAUAUUCCCAUGAAUUCGAAAUGGGCCGCUUGCAAUGUCUGAAACAAAGUCCUGAAGACCCCUUCACAUUAGCUUUUGGUGGAGAAAAGCCGCCCAGAUGCCGGGUGUACAAUAUAAAAAACUUCGUAGCCGUACGAAGAGCUUUCGAUAUCCCCGAUGCUGAAAAUAUCUAAAAAGUGUUCCUUUUUUUUUAAAAGGUUUGUAAGAAUUUAUUUAAAAAUAUUUAUAAAAUU